UAUCUUUCUCUCCUACACGCCGAGACCAAACCGAAACACUUUCUCUCUCUCCCUUCUUUCUCGUCCUCGAAACCCUAGCCGCACGAAGACUUCGUCUCGCCCCCACAUCGCCCGCCGCGUGACCUGCCUACGAGGGCGAACUAUGGCCGCGGAGAACUACUGGAGGUACGCCGACGCGCGGCAGCAGCAGGCCAUGGUGGCCGCUGCGGCGGCCGCGGCGGGGAUGGCGCCGGCAGCUACCGUUGGUCAGGCCGCGACGGCCGCGGGGGGCAUGCAGCAGCACCAGCACCAGCACCAGCAGGCGGCGAUGGCGCAACAGCAGCAGCAGCAACAGCAGCAGCAGGCGGCCGCGCCGUCGCUUAAGCGCGCGCGCCCAGACUACGGUGAUGGUCCUGGAGGACAAGAGAUGGCUGGAUAUUAUCCGCGUGAAAAUGCAGGUUAUCACUCACUUAGAGACAAUGAAGCAAUUGGAGCGUCUUAUGACCGCUACUUACGAAAUGGGAUGCCUUCUGUGGCAGCCAAUGAACCAAGUAGGGCAGUUGUUGGUGCCAUGGGUGGAGCUGCAAUGGUUGGUGGUGGAAUGAGUGGAUAUCCUGUUGAUGAUCGUCGUAUGAUGGGUGUCGUUGGUAUGGACAGCAGAGCCAUGGGGUAUGGUGCAAGACCCGAGCCCCCUCUUCCCCCGGAUGCAUCCAACACUUUGUAUAUUGAAGGUCUGCCUGCAAACUGCACACGCAGGGAGGUUUCACAUAUAUUCCGCCCUUUUGUUGGUUUUCGUGAAGUGAGGCUUGUCAACAAAGAGUCAAGACAUCCUGGUGGAGAUCCUCAUGUCCUGUGUUUCGUUGAUUUUGAUAGCCCUGCCCAAGCUACUAUUGCACUUGAAGCUCUGCAAGGUGAAAAUACUUGUGUUUGUAGAUUUGGACUAUGUAGUUGUAUAGAUAAUCUGACUUUUAUCUCUGAUAAUAUUCAUUUUCAUAUAUUUUCUUUUUUGGCUUGUAUAUUUUUGCAUCCCCCAUUAGUUUCUUCUCAAGCUUGCGUUGAAAUUGGUAAUCAUGGUCAGUUUUCUUCUUUAGUUUAUCUGUUUUAUUUAUGUGUCCGUUGUGCUUUCUUUGUGCAAUUUCUGCAGCAUAGGUUGGUUGUGCUUUAGGAUUAUCAAUCGGUUACUUUAGGUGGCAUUAAUAGCCGAAAACUCACCUUUUGGCUGCGCUGCGAUAAUACUAGAAAUUCACACACCUUUAUUUGUUUUUGGCGCACUUUGCUGUAUGCCUAGAAUUUACAAUUUUGGUUCUAGAGGUUAGUGUGAAGUCAUUUUACCAUCUAUACGGUGCUCCGCUCUGCAUUACUGUACAGUUCGAACAUACACGUUGAUGUAUCCUUGCCAAUCCAUUCCAGUUUUAGUUGUUA